AUGGGAGCUGCUGGUGGUGGCCUACUUGGUUUUGCGGCGAGCGAGGCUCCGGGAUGCCCUGCGAGAGCAACAACGCCUCGAAAACCAGCUGGCUGGCCGAGAGGCCUGGACCAGCGACGACGAAGAGGACGACGAAGAGGAGGCAUGGACCAGCGACGACGAAGAGGAGGUGGGGCAGGUGGGGCAGCUGCAGCCCUUUGCCGGCAACGAGCUGUUGUUCCGCAGCGGCACAACGCCGCCCGGCGAUGGCAGCACUUGGGUCCGCCCUGCAGACCGCGCGGCUUUGCGAACCCGUCGGGACUGCUGAGCGAGAUGAUCCCCAGGAUGAUCGAGGCAGGUCCUGACAUCUUCGGAGUGAAGUGCUCUCACCGCCGUGGCACCGGCUUCCGCGUCCACCCGCUGAUCUGCAAGGCCGCAGAGCUCCGCAAGAAGGCAGCGCAUCGCUUGGACCGCGUCAUGGGCAACAUCGCUUGGCACGUCGGCCCGGUAAGCGACUCCGAUGCCGUCUUCGAAGCCACGGGCGUGAAACCUCAUGACUCUCAAGUGGCAGGGAACAAGAAGAAGACAGCCACUCUCAUCAAAUUUGGUGCGGAGAAUCCCAAGUAUGCAGAAGAGUGCAAGGAGCCAUCGCAUCCCGGCUCGGAAGAGUUUGACCGGAACAAGAUGAAUCAAAUUGCGGAGGCCUUGGAUGACGAGAAUCCAUGCAAGAACGUCUACGCAGAGGCACCGGCAGAUCCAGUCUCAGCUGUGGCUGAUGCGGUGGGAUUGGGAUUCUGGAACGCUAUUGCAGGGGAGCCAUCUUCACCGGGAGUUACCUACAAGGACGUGAUUGAGUGCAGCGACGACGACUGGGCGCGGGAGCUGGAACAGGAAGAAGACGAGCAGGACUUCCACCUGCCAACGGUCAAGUCAACCAUGGAAAGCGUUGCAGCAGCGCUGCCCAAUGCAGAGACGGCCCCCCUUGGUCUGGGUGCGGAGUUGAAACCUGGAGACACCAUGGAGGAAGCAGGCGGGCUCGCGAUGACCGUCAAGGACAUGGCGAACGAAGCGAAGGAGAAAUUGGCUCAGCUUACCGGUGUCAAGGCGGAGGUUGCAGCCUGCGACCCGCUUCAGCUCGGCUUCGCACGGAGCUUCUGCGAUCUGCACUGCAUCAGAGACGCCGUGAGGAAAGGCGAUGAUGCCAUUCUACGAGCCCUCGAGCAUGCCUUGUCCGUCGUGGGACAGAACACGCAGCUGCUUCUGGAGCACUAUGCUUUGCGGUUCUUCGACAGCACAUGGCGGACCGUGCGCAGGCAUCUUGAUGAUUACCUGCAGGCUUCUCAGGAGCAUGUGAAGGCUACGCGUGCGGCCAGCAAUAUGCUCCAGAGCUACACCACCACAUGCCGCGCAGGGUUCAGGCAGUUGAAGGAGUCCUACGCCACCUUCGUCCGCGCCCGCAAGUCGGCGGCUUGCACCCAGUUUUUGGAGUCCUCUCUCCAACGACCAUGGCAGCAGCGCAGCUCAUCGGCGCGCUGGCCGGCUGCAUCGUCGCUCCAUGCACCUUCCACCUCUUCCGCAGUGCCUUUCCGAUCCCCAACGAUGAUCGCAUGCCUUCGUCCACGGCGUGUAUGGCCUCAUCUAUCGGGCCUUGGCCGCCAUCACGACGUCCGACGGCUUGGGCGCGCUGCCCAAGAACUGCGUCUCCUUCAUGUCUGGAAAAAAUCAUCCGACGUGUUGGGUUCCGGAAACUGA